AUGGCUCCAACACCAAUCUCUGUACCCAUCUUCGCCGAAGCCCAACAACAGCUCCUCCUAAAAGAGCACGAAGCCGAAGUCUCCUCCUCCAAACUCGCAGACACAGCCUCCGCGUCGCCAUCGACCCGCCGCACCCUUCAAGCCACCGGCCAUGCGCUAACGGGGAUAAUCCUUUCGCAAUGCCGCACCGGCAUGGGAGGCCGUCUCGUCGGCGAAUUCACGGCCGAUGCGGCUAUAUCGGCUGGGGGUACAAAGGGCAAGGGGAAGGACGAUGCUGAUGCGAAGUCGAAUCUUGCUGCGAAUGGGAAGCUCAAGCUUGGUACGCAUGGGAUUCGAGUCGGGGAUAUUGUCAGAGUUAAUGAGGCUGGGGGUACGGGGAAGAAGGUUGUGGCUUCUGGGAAGGAUAAGAAGAAGGAUGGGGACUCAGCGAAGGGACCGGAGGGUGUUGUAACGAGGGUUGGCGAGAGUAGCAUCUGGGUUGCUUUUGGGCAGCGCGGGGGAGGUGGGCGUUCGAAGGAGGAAGACGAGGAGGUUAUUGAGGAAUUGUAUGGGAAGAAACUUUGGUUUAUUAAGCUUGCAAACGAUGUUACCUACAGACGGAUGAAACAAACCAUGGAGAAGAUGGGAAAGAUGACCGAGUCUGAACAUACGCAUUUCCUGCGAGUUGCCUUUGGGCAUACAACCCCUAUCCAGCCAGACUACGAGGCCUCCGGACCGAUUGAGUUUAUCGACCCGACAUUGAAUGUCUCUCAGAAAGAGGCAAUCAAAUUCGCCCUUGCUUCUCGAGAUAUUGCCCUCAUCCACGGACCUCCGGGAACGGGGAAGACGCACACCCUGAUUGAGCUGAUUACUCAAAUGGUCAAAAGGAACCUCCGAGUGCUUGUAUGCGGGCCGUCGAAUAUCUCGGUGGACAAUAUUGUUGAAAGGCUGGCUCCGAACAAGGUCCCUGUUGUGCGAAUUGGCCACCCGGCCCGCUUGCUGCCCUCAGUCCUUGACCACUCGCUGGAGGUGUUGACUCAAACAUCUGAUGCUGCUGCUAUCGUGAGGGACGUGCGGAAGGAAAUCGAUGAAAAGCACGCUAGUAUCCGGAAGACAAGGUUUGGCAGGGAAAAACGUGCGAUUUAUCAGGACAUCAAGGAACUACGCAAAGAAUUUCGAGAACGGGAGUCGAAGUGCGUGGAAAACCUAGUCCGUGAGAGCAGUGUUGUACUCGCCACUCUACACGGCGCGGGAGGCCACCAGCUGAAGAAUCAGAAAUUCGAUGUAGUCAUCAUCGAUGAAGCUAGCCAGGCAUUGGAAGCUCAGUGCUGGAUCUCAUUGCUCUCUGCGCCAAAGGUCGUUCUUGCUGGUGAUCAUCUGCAGCUUCCGCCUACCGUCAAGUCCGCUCCGCAGAAAACAAAGGAAGCGGACGAGAACGGCGAUAAGGAUGCAGUCGGUGGCUUCUCUCUUGAGAAGACGCUGUUUGAUCGGCUCUUAUCAAUGCAUGGACCAGGGAUCAAACGCAUGCUGACUACGCAGUACCGGAUGCAUGAGAAGAUUAUGCGGUUUCCGUCAGAUGAGUUGUACGAGUCCAAGCUCGUCGCUGCCGACAAUGUCAAGUCCCGGCUAUUGAAGGAUCUACCCUACGAGGUCCAGGAAACUGAUGAUACCAAAGAGCCUGUGGUAUUUUGGGAUACGCAAGGAGGAGACUUCACAGAGAAGGUUGAAGAUGAGGACGUUGCGAAAAAGGAAGGUCUCCUUAGUGAGAGUAAGAGUAAUGAGAUGGAAGCUCUGGUUGUCGCAAGGCAUGUGGAUAAUUUGGUGCAAGCUGGUGUGCGGCCUGAAGACAUAGCUGUCAUCACUCCAUACAAUGGUCAGCUGGCUGCGUUGUCCCAGUUGCUACGGGAGAAAUACCCCGAUUUGGAACUGGGCAGUGUCGAUGGAUUCCAAGGCCGCGAGAAGGAGGCCGUUGUGGUCAGUCUCGUCCGCAGUAACAGCGAAAACGAAGUUGGCUUUUUGGGAGAGAAGCGGCGAUUGAACGGUAUGUCCUCCAUGCAUGACUCUUACUGUUCUAAGAAGCUCUGA